AGAAGAGCCUGGAGUGCCUGCAGCGGCUUGCGGAGGUCGACCUGGCAGAUGACGCGUGCCGUAGCCUGGCCGCCCGUCUGCGCGGGGCGGGCUUCCUGCGCACCUUCGACGCCUUGAUCCGCCGUACCGCCCACGCAACAUGCCCCAGUGCUGCUGCUACUGCUGCUACUGCUACUGCUGGGUCGGCUUCAACAGCAGCCCCCAUCCCCUCCCUGAGCGACGUGCUGUCAUGUGCAAACGCAGUGCUCUCGCCGCUGCCGCUAGAGGUGUUCCUGGACACCCACAGCGGGAGAGAACGCAAGCAGCAGCGAGUGGGAGCUACCCGGUGUGACCCGUGGGUCGAUCGGCGUGAACUGGG